AUGGCUGGUAAGCAGUUGUAUCCCGUCUGUAUGCGGCGUCGAGGCCUCGCAAAGAGUGUUGAGCGCUGCUUACAAUCCCCGCAACCGUCAAUGAACACGUCCACUGAUAAUAUUGCAGAAGAACCGCGACGAUCCGGGAGAGCCACGAAAGGCCAACACAAGAAUCUUGACAUGCCUGAACCGCCCCCAACAAAGCGAAAGGCGAAAGCGCAAGCGAAAGCCUCAAAGCAGGCCUCGAAUGAACCCACGCCCCCUGCGAACGAGGAGGAUGAAAUAAUCCGCUGUGUCUGUGGCGAGUACGAGGAGGAAGAGGAUGUGGAGCGCGAUAUGAUUUGCUGUGACCAGUGUUCGGCCUGGCAGCAUAACGAUUGUAUGGGCCUAAACUUUGCGAAAGGACAGGAACCGGCCGAAUAUUACUGUGAGCAGUGCAAACCGGAGAAUCAUGAAAGACUCCUGGGACAAAUGGCACGCGGGGAACGACCUUGGGAGGAAGCUGCUCAGAGAAGGGCGCAAGCAGCUGAGGAGAAAAAGUCCAGGCGCAAAAAGGGUGGCAAACGUGGAAGGAAGAGCAGGGUCAGUGAUAUCAAACCGGAAACAAGUGACAUAGGCCCGAGUCCGAGGGCAACGCCUACGCAUGAAGCUAUGCAAGCCAAUGCAGAAACUCCGAACGGACCGGCUACGUCUACGGGGAACCCGGAGCAGGUUGGCGCUCAGAAGAGAAAAUACUCCGAGCAGGGGGAGACUGGACAACCCGAAUCUGGCCCCAAAGUGAAGCUUCAGAGAUUGUCAACCGGCAGUCUACCAGCUGCUACCCAUGAGAUCAAGAAGUCUCCGGCACAAAGUCGGAAGGCGAGCAUGGCUGGAAGCGCUAUCUCGCAUAGCUCAAAGCUUAGCAAAUCCCCUACGGAACCAACAGCAAGCGGCGUGGGCCAUCUGACUCAGGCCAGGAAGAAUGUUGCGAACGCCAUCAUCAAGCUAUUUGUUGAGCAAGCCGGAGUAGCACAAGAGCAAGGAAAGUUUUCAAAUUCGGGAAGGGAAAACGAAAGACAGUGUAGGCGAGAAUCUGGGGGAUCGCACUUGAGCAAGCCCAUGUAUCAAAACCUCUGCGGGGGGUCAGGAGAGCCCAAUGAUGCCUAUAAACAGCAGAUGCGGACCAUACUGUUUAAUGUAAGGAAGAAUCCUUCGUUACGUGAUAGUCUGCUCGUAGGUCGUAUUUCUCCUGAUGCCUUCUCCAAAAUGAGCACGCAAGACAUGGCCAGUGAGGAGCUACGACAGAGGGACGAUGAAAUUAAACGUGAAGCAGAGCGGCAGCAUAUUAUUGUCCAGGAGUCGGGCCCCCGCAUCAGACGAACCCACAAGGGAGAAGAAUUCGUGGAAUCAGAUCCGCAAUUCGUUGGAACCGAGUCUGUCUUUUCCACGGCACCUACGCGACGAGAUACGGUCGGGGAUAUCAUGAGUCCUCGAGUAGGAAGUCCAGCUACAGCGCGCACCGGAUCUACGGACAUCCCCCAGCAGCAAAAGCCUCAGUCUAUCGAUACCCAAGCAGCUGCUCCCGGAGAACCUGCACGUUCUGCGUCGACCGAUUUCAACAUCCAAAACGUAUGGUCAAGCGUCCAGUCUCCCGGAGCCGCUCCUCAUCAUGAUGCACCGCAAUUUGGGCCACCGGCAUUUUCACAGGAGCAUCCGCCUCCAUCGACACAUAGGGUCCAGGCUGAUGCAGAAAUUGACCAAUUGUUGAAGGACGAAGAGCCAGAGUCUCCGCCAUAUUCGCCCAAAGAUUUCCCUGGGCCGGCUGUUGUUUGGCAUGGAAAAAUGUUUAUGAACGGGAUCUCCAGCUUUUCCGCCAGCGCACGCCACGUUGCUGGUCUUGACCUCAGCGAAAGGAUCCCAUGGUCUCAACUGGUCCCUUCGUCGUUGACCGUUGAUGGACGUAUCGAUAUCCAACUUGCAACCAACUAUCUAUGUGGUCUUCAGUUCAGUCAAACCACAGAUAUCACGAUAAUUGGAGUUUCUCCACCGGAUAGACCUGACGACCUCGUGAAUUUCAACAACCUGUUCGACUACUUCGCUCGACGUCAACGAUAUGGUGUCAUUGGAAAACAUUUACAUCCUGCUGUCAGAGACACAUAUCUUGUACCUAUCGAAGCCGGGAUGAGCAAGAAACCGGAGUUCGUGGACGGGCUGGAUAACAAUACUAUCGAACACCCAACCCCUGAACGACUUUUAUUAGUCGUUUUCGUUGUUAAGACGGCAAAUAAUCAUUCUAACACUGUUACCCCUCAGGAUCCUACCACAUCCACAGCCAGUCCAUUGACAGCUACACCAGGAAUAGAAAACCCUCGAUUAUCGCUGGCACAGGCGGAUAGUCCCCAGCCAUCGCCCGCACAAUCACAGUCGCAAGGACACUAUAGCCCACCCAUGCCGCAGCAGCCAUAUCCUCAAUCACAACCUCUCCCAGCACUUAAUGGAAAAGCAGCCGCGAUCCACGUCCUAGGAGAACAACUUGCCUCGUCGCCUACGAUCGAGGAGAUUUUGAAACAAGCUCCCAAUGCAGAUGUCACGCAAUUCAAUGUGAUUGCAGAGAUACUUGUGCGGAAUCCCUCUGCAGCGAAUAGCUAUAAACAGCUAAUGGAUGCUCUCCUGGAAAGAACGAAUGGUGGGAUGUGA